AUGGCUCCAUCUACAAACUCACAACAGGCCUCUUCUGGCGCACAAGGCAAAUCCCGAUCGAAGUCAUCUCUCACGGGCCCGAAAGCUGUGUACUUGAUUCUCUACAAUGCCACCUCAGCGAUGCUCUGGUCUGUCGUUCUUGGACGAACCGUCCUCAUUGCAGCCGUACAUGGCUAUGGAAGCGUUUGGACCGGCACAGGAGACUUCACGAAAUGGACACAAACACUCGCUGGACUGGAAGUCUUGCAUGCUGCGAUAGGUAAACCCAAGAAUCUGCACCAGUAGAACCCCCCAAAGAAGAACCAAGAGCUAAGUAUUUCUCUUGUACGAUUUCCUUAGGUCUCGUCCGCGCACCCCUCCUCACGACACUCAUGCAAGUCGCCUCUCGCUUCCUUCUCGUCUGGGGAAUCGUACACAAUUUCCCCAAUACCACCGGACGCAAUCCUGCCUAUUCGACCAUGUUGAUCGCGUGGAGCGUUACAGAGGUGAUAAGAUACAGUUACUUUGCUGUCAAUCUCACAUAUGGAAGAGUUCCCGCAUGGAUGACAUGGUUGAGGUAUAACACAUUUUUUGUGCUGUAUCCCAUGGGCAUCAGCAGUGAGUGUUGGUUGGUGUAUCAAGCGAUUGAGCCCGCGAAGAGGUGGAAUGCUGCGUUGGAGUGGGUCUUGAAGCUGAUCUUGUUUGUAUACGUUCCUGGUAUGGAUAUCUCUGGGAUUUAUUAUUGGGGGGAAAGAGGAUGUGCUGACUUGCUCGCAGGAUCGUACAUAUUGUUCACGCAUAUGAUGGCUCAGAGGAAGAAAAUUAUGCGUGGGGAUGCGAAGAAGGCUACAUGA